GCAGUCUUAGAUUAUUGGUUCUUGCUUGUUACUUCCCAAACAUAUUGUUUAAAAUGCUAUCACCAGCUAUUCACUUUUUGCCUCGGCGAUGCCAUAGCAACCACCACAUGACCUGCUGCAAACACACCACAGUUGUUAAGAGCUUCGCUCAAGAAGCUUCUGGCCAAUGAGGCACUCUCUUUGAAGUAGUCCAGAUUUAGAGAUAUUUCAUGUUGUUUUAAGAUGCACCGAUCCUACCAGCCAAUUUUGCCGUGUGGCAAUAAAUACCUUCAGCAAAAGUGGGACAAAGCAACGUAUGAAGAACACAAGAGAAAGAUUCAGACUACCAAACCUGUGGUGGACACCUCUACUCCUCGAACAUAUGGACAUCUCCAUUUGAAGUUAAGAAAACUUAAGCUGGAGAAGGACCGCCUGUCAAUCAUUGAGAGGGAGAACUGUUUGCUGCUAGAGAAGAUGUCUUGUAUCAUGAGGACCAAAGGAAGAAUUGACAACAAAAACGAGUAUGAGGCCAAAAGCUUAAACAGAGAAAGACGAGAACGAGAAUUUCUAAAAGUAAGCCAGGAGAAUCAGGCCAUCCUGGAAAGAAUUAUGAAUUGCAAACCUCAGUACACGGUCCAAAAGUGGAAUGAAGAGUGGCAAAAGGCUGAAAACUACAUGAACAGUAUUGCAAGAUAUCCUCGUGGGUUGUGCAAGUUGCAGGAUCAAAAGGAACUAAAAUUAAAGAAAACAACAGCAGAAAGAGACAGAAAGAAAAAAAGAGAUCUGAAAGAUAGAUGUGUGACAAACAAAGCAGAGGAACCAGAGGAAGAAGAUCUGAUUCAUCAAAUAAAAAAACCAAGUAAUGAUCACCAAAGAGAAAAUCCAGUAGAAAAAGUAUGAUUCCAUCCGUUACGAUGACACACCAGAUAAUGGAUAUUGCUAAACGGAACACCUGAUAUAAGAGGAUGCAUAAUUAAGAACUGAUCUUGGUUAUACUAAGGGUAGAUAUUAGAAUCUUUAUUUUUAAUAUGUUCUAGACGAUUCUUCUUAGAUAUAGCAUAUAAGCAAGCUGACCAGUGCAGCAAUC